AUGGCAUUUGAACCGAAUCUGUUUGAGUUAUCCUCUGUCUCGAUACAACAGCCUACACACAAUGAUACAUCGACUUCAAACCCGCGGAUAGCAGGAGAAAACAUCUACUUGGAUGAACUUUGUGUGAAUGAAUUAAGCUUUAUUAAAGAAAAUUCACUAUUGUGUGAUACACAGACAACAUUUAAUUGUACCACUCAAUCACCUUAUGAUGAAGUAAAUGCUAGUGUACCAAUUAUUAAUGAUGAUAAAAUGCCAUAUUUAACAUUUCGAACUGUAUUCAUUAGUUUAUUGUUGACUAUAGUUGUAUCAGUAUUGAGUGCUGCCUUUUCAUUCAGACGAUAUCCACUUAAUACUGAUAUUGUCAUUUUUCAAUUAAUAUCAAUGUCACUUGGCCAGCUGAUGGCUCGUUUAUUACCUCAGACAAUGUUUCAACUUUAUAGAUGGAAGUUUUCUCUUAAUCGCGGUCCAUUCAAUAUCAAAGAACAUUCAUUAAUAACAGCUGUGGUGUAUCUCAAUGCAGAUACGGCAUAUGCCAUUUAUCAACUAACGGCGUUACACAUCCACUACGGAAGACCGAUUUCGUUUGCUGCUGGAUUAUUUCUUCUUAUUUCGAGCAGAAUGAUGGGAUUUGGUAUGGCAGGUGAGUAG